CAGGUCUUGCCGGGGAAGGGCUAAACUAACAUGACACACUGCUGCGUCUUAGAUUUGAUGAGAUGUGAUAGGAAGGCCCCAGGGUCAGCUCUCCUUCGCUGCAGCCUGGUGACCACCUGCAGCCUUGUCGGAACCUGAGCUGCCUAACCCAGACAGGGUCUACAUCUUUAUCAUAUGUUCCAGAGCUGCUUCUAGACAAGCCAGAAAUAUGGACUUGAGUGGAACUGACUAACUGGGCCCACCUCAUGAAGCCGUGUUGGGACUCAUUAUGACUUCGGAGACGUCCCAUCUCAGACACAAUCACUGUUUUCUCUCUCCUCCCAGGGCCUCGUGCACACUUCUGUCAUAACACAGCACAGUCUUCGGUAAUGGUUUCCUCUCCAUUUCUCCUGCUAGAGGCCAUUCAACGGCCUUGUGCUGUGGCCCAGGUGUGGUAGACAGUCUGGAAUACAGUAGGCAUUCAGCCAUGCUUACUGGAGGAAGACAGGAAGAUAGGAAAGAAGGAUGGAUGAUGCUGUGGAUUAUAGGCGUGGUUUUUAGGUGACGCAGGCCACCACUUGUCACCAGGAAAUAGGAUGCAAGUGAAUUUUGAAUGAAGAUUUAACGUUCAGGUAACAAGAUUAUUCAAGAAAGCACAUGGGAAAAUCAGUCCAUUGCUUAGAGGCAGGGCUGGUUUGGGUGAAAAUAGAUUGUACUAGACUAAGCACCCACACUGAAACUCUGUAGAGAACCAGUGUCAUGAAAAAUCUUCUGAUAGCUGGUGCUUUGCUCUGAUGCUAAUAUCAUCUGGGCAGUCACUGCACCUCCAUGCCUCAGUUUCCUCAUCCACAAAAUGGGAAGACUCAGAGUACCUGAUUGAACCGCUGUAAGAAUUCAAUCACAUAAUGUAUGUGAUUAGUACAGUGCCUGGUACACAGUGAAAGGAGGAAAUAAACGUCAGUUACCAUUAUCUGUGUAUGCGUCAUCAGUCGGCAAAGAGUUGAGGACCAACGGAAGUGUUUUAUUGGUCUCUAAUUUGACAAUUCUUUCUAGGGGUUUUUCUUAAACCAAGAUUAUAGCUUCCUUAUUUUGUUUCCUUAACUUUCAGCUCAAUAUAAGUACUCCCUUACUUCAGGGUUAUCAUUUUUCACCUCUCAGGGAUUUUCCCAUUGGCUACAACUACAUUUCCCCCCUUUUUCUUUUUCAGUGAAUUGGCUGCUGCUUUUUGUGGAUGGACAACUCAGCAUUUGAAAUGCAUGAAGAUGCAGCACAGAAUGCUCUUUCUAUGGGGAAGAUGACCACCAUCUCCAGAAUGGAGAAGAGGCAGUGGUCACUGUGGAGCGUUUUCCUGAUGUGUCUCUUGGCUUGUACCCUUACCACAGCAGGAGGAGUACUGAUACUUUCCUUGGUUUAUGUUCACAGCUCUCAGCAACAUUCACAAGUCCAUCUAGGACUCGAAGCCCGGCCUCUGCAAACAAUGGUUCCCAUCGUGCAAAAGGCUGUUGAUCCAAAAUUCCAGUUUCUUAAUCAUUUGCCUAAAUCCAAGGUGUUUGAAUUCCCUGGUGGUGCAAUCCAGUGGGCCCCGUACAGGAACAAUGUCAAAGACUACCUCAGUGUUGAAGAAGAGGCCUUCGGCAGCAGCUUGAACAGUCAGAGAUCACAGAUGACCCUGGGGACUCUGAGAGUAAAAAGCAAUGGCCUCCAGGCCCCUCACUGGCACUUCAAUGCUAAUGAACAUGGCUACCUUGUAUAACAGGGCUCGGCAUGGAUUGGGGUGGUUGAUGAUGGUGGUGUAGUUACCACAUACAAUGUUACAGCUGGCCAAGUGAUCUUCUUCCCUAAAAAUACUCUUCACUGGAUAAAGAAUGUGGGGAAUGAAGACUGCUUUUUGCUCUUCUUUUCCACACAUGAUGAACUUCAGACCCUGGAUGUUGAUGAUGUAUUUUUUUCUGUACCUGAAGACAUUGCUUCCAGGUCACUUAAGCCUGAAGGUGGAAUUAAUUUCAUUAGAACAUUCCAGAAGCAAAAAGAGGAUCAGGCGGUCAAUCUUCCUCCCAACUUGGCAGAACUGGUUAUAAAUCCUAGUUAUGUACAGUCUCCAGACAGUCUUGUGUGGAAAUGUUUUUAUGACCUUAAAUGUUCAAAAGAAUAUCAAUUUCCAGGAGGAGUAAUACAACUGGCGCAAUACUGGAAAAAUGGAAGUGAACUAAGCAACCACGAAAAAAUUUUUAGUGAAUUCCUGAAUCAGCAUCAGAAUGCUCUCACUUUGAGUACACUCAGAAUUUAUAACAAUGGAUUACGACAGCCACAUUUUCAUUUCAAUGCAAAUGAAAUGGGGUAUGUAAUAAGUGGAUGUGCAAAGGUGGGCAUUAUUAAUACUCAGGGUAUCAUAGAGUUUGAUGUUCACAUUGGAGAUGUGGUAUUUUUCCCCACUGGAACCCAACAUUACAUUAAGAGCUCAUGUGAUGAGGAUUUGCUUUGCCUUCUUGCCUUCAGCACCGGAGACCAGUUGCAAACCCUUGACAUGGACGAUUAUCUCCAGGCCACAGCAGACCACAUCCUGGCCCAACUUUUCUUCAAGAAGCAAAGUGAGUUUAAGAAGAUCCCCAAAUUCAAGGAGGACCAGGCAAUCAACCUGCCAUAGAUUUGCCGAUGAGUUCAUAUUUAUUUUUCCUUCUUCAUUUAUUAUUGUUUUUAAAGAAGGGCCACUUGGCUAAUGAAUCUGGAGCUCUUUACAGAGUAGAAGUGGGAAAGAAGGUGCAAAACAGCCCUGUGAGCAUAUAUAGCUGACAGUGAUGAUAGGCAGCGUAUGCAUUUCAGUAUCCUCUGUGUAGAUUAGUAGAUCUAUGGAGGAGACCCAAUAAUGUAUUUUUAUAUUGAUUUUAGUGUAUGUGUAUAUAUUUGUUUAUUUUCCUUUUGUUACUUCAAAUUUUGUUACUCUAAAUGAAAAGUCAUUCUUUUUAUGCAUAUCAGUAAAUCUUACUACCAUGCGUGUAUUUUUGUCAUUCAUCUCUGUGAAGGGAAGUCAGCCUAUGUAUGUACGUAUUGAGGCACUGGAAUCUGGGUCCCUCAAACUUUGUCUGGAGAGUUCAGUAUAGAACCCGAGGCAGGUGAUUCCUAACCCUUUUGUUGGUAUGAAGUAACUUUUUACAACGGCAAAAUAUUCAAGGACUCACUCAUUUUACUGGUUGUUUACUUACUGUGUAUUAGCUGAGAAAAUAUUCAGUGAUGAACUAAUUAUAAAUUUAGUACUUUCUUUGAAUGUAUUGGAUUUCAUUAAUCACAUCAGGAACUAUUUACAUUUGAGGAGUAGUCAUGCCUAUACUUGAGAAACAUGUGGUUUAUUUAGUCCAUUGGCAGUGCUGGCUAUGUAUGUGGAUUCAGGAACCGCUUGUCAUCACUGGAAGCUGGUAGGGGCUGGUGGUCUCCAAGUUGGGGGUCAUCGUCUUAAGUAGAAAAGAAUUUGUUCAGAUUUAAUCUGUGCUGGGUUUUGUUUACAAUUUAUUUUAACAGGUAUUUGGUACUCCUGCAUUGUACUUGGGUCCUGCCGUUAGUUCUGGUUUUAUGGGACUAAUGGCAGUUGGUCCUAUAUAAAAAUUUUGAGUCGUUGUAGCUAAGUUUUAAGGCUUUUGACCACCACCAUGCCUCAGAUAUUCCCCUGAUACCCAGUGGAAUUUUUAGAUGUCUUAGGAUGUUUGUUCCCAGGCUAAAAAGGUCUAUAAUGUUCCUUUCUCUCUCUGUCUCUGUUUUUAUUUCUGUAUCUUUCUGUUGACUACAAGUACAGAAUUCAAUGAGAAUCAGGAAUAGCUCACUUCUAGCACGAGGAAGUAGCCAUCUACAUAAUGUACCUAAUCAGAUAACAUAAGGCCUGUUAUCGCUUGGAACUACUGUGUAUUACCUUAUUGCCCUUUCCUGGGAGAGCCAGGCAAGAUCAGAACUUGGUAGCAAUGGGAGGUUUAUGAUGGCGGUGUUGUUUUGAAGAGACUUUAUAGGGAAUGGGUCACUGUCCAGGAGGAGGAACAUAGUUGAGAAGAUGCAGGGAACAGCACAAGGCAGUAAGUAUAUGGAAAGAGAAUGUCCAGAUAGAGGGGAAGUAGUCAUAAAAGGAAAACGGCAGUGUUUGUAGACAGAUUUUAUCUAUAAGUUUUAUUUUACUUUAGGAACUGUUUUAUAUACUAUAAACUAGUUCAUAAUCCAUUCUCUUAUAUUAAGAAGUAUUGUGUCGGGCGCCUGAGUGGCUCAGUUGGUUAAGCGACUGCCUUCGGCUCAGGUCAUGAUCCUGGAGUCCCGGGAUGGAGUCCCGCGUCGGGCUCCCUGCUCGGCAGGGAGUCUGCUUCUCCCUCUGACCCUCCUCCCUCUCAUGCUCUCUGUCUCAAAUAAAUAAAUAAAAUCUUAAAAAAAAAAAAAAAGAAGUAUUGUGUCAGGUUUUAUUUAAUAAAGAUUUUAUGCAUUUUUGUAUAUUAAUUUGCCAUUGUAAUUUUGAAUGAAAUCUGUUCUUAUGGUUUUAUGUAUUUGACGCAUUAUUGGUUUCCCUGUAUGCAUCCGUGAAAUAUGACUUAGUAAUCCAAUCCACUAUGUAUUUAAAAAAGAAAAAUCUUAAAAAUAAAAACAAUCUAAUGAAGACAAUUCAA